GCUCUUCACUAAUUACUUCUACAUCUUUUUAUCCACGGUCCCAUCUAAAGAAAACGAAGCUGGUGCGGAGCAGAUUAACAGAAAAAAAUGUAUUCUCUUAAAGAUUUCUCAAUUAGAGUAAAAAUGUAGACCCAGAACAUAUUCAUUUCUUCAGGAUUGUAAAUUGGAUUUAGCAGGAUUAGUGUACAGGAAUUCAAAGAAAAAACACCGACAAAUAAAAAGUAAUCUGAAGCAUCAAGGAAGGUGUAGUUAGCAUUUUUCGGGACAACUCUUGGAGAUCUGGAAGCCUCAAAAUGUCUCGGGCGACAGUAUCCAAAUCAAGGGCUGACAAAGCGAAGGACAAAGACAAGGACAGAGGUGGAAGUACAUCUGUCCCUGUGCCACCGGUCAACUCAGAUGUGAUACCUGGAAGAUUCACAGAAAAUGAUUGGAAUUCCAUGCUGGAUAAAGAAGAUGGAGAGGAUUUUGUCAUUGAUAUUGUUGGAAACAUAGUGGACUCUGCCCUGACUGUAAUCUAUGACAAUUACAUACAGAAACAGCUCUAUCCAUAUGUUGUAACACAAGCUAGAGAUGCUAUACUUCAAAUAAUUGAGUGGCAAUUUCUUGCUCGGGAUGAGGGUGAGACACAACCAGAAAAUGAUGCAACAUGGCUAGAAGAAGAUGAGCCGAUGCCCUGCGUACCCGAUGCAUGGGCCCAGGGUUCGGUACCUCAGAAGAACCGACCGCUCCUGUCCCCUCCCGUCUCGGAACCGGGCACCGACAUCACCCAUGUCAGCGGCAUGUCCCACCGUGAAAUCCUGGAGGAUGUCAUCUGUGAGUCCCAUGCCGAUAUUGAGCCAGUGGAGAUCCCAGAUGGAGAGAAGGAAGGAGGAGAGGAAGAUAAAGAGGAAGAGGGGAAGGAGGAGGAUGAGAAAGAAGGAGGGAUAACUCAGCCUGAGGAUGUAUCAGAAAGGUUGGCAGGCUUGGAGCAACCGGAAGCGGAGCAAAAGACGGGGGGAGAUCUCAAAGAUGAGGCAAAACCCAGUGAAAAGGCUAAACCAGAGGCCUACCGUCCACGCAAGCCAAAGUUCAAACCUCGCAAGGGUCGGAUAGUUCAUUCAGCAGGGCUGAGGGAUAUGCACAAGUCAUUGGAUGAGAUGGAGAGGGAGAUGCUGGAAGCCGAACGGAAAGCCAACGAGCCCAAACCCGUCGUCAAAGACUCCAUUUUAGAUCACAUGCCAUCGUCAUGCCAUUCAAUACUCAAGAAGAAAAAAGCUUCAGAUCAUUUUAAACUUGUCCAAGCGGGGAGACCGCCAGGCAGUAAGGAUGUCAACUAUGAUGACAGGGGAAACGUGAUAUCGGUCGUUAGGCUCGAUCCUGAGAAACUCCCCUCACACAGAGUAAGGACGCAGUAUGCAGUGGUGGACCCUGCGGUUGAAGCAGCCCAUGCCCGUCUGGUGGCCAUGAGGACUGGCCGCUACAUCUCCCAACAGAAGGCUGAGAUGGCCAAGCAGCAGGCAGAGGUUAGGGCCAUGACCAAGAGCCAUGGCGCACGAACAGCAGAAGGUACCACGAAAACUGGUGUGAAACCAUUAAAGACAGCAGCCAGCCUGGCUACUUUAGCCAGCAGUCACCAGUCGCAUGGCACCAGACCAAUGGAAUAUACAGCAGCGACGGGCGGCAUCUCACCACUUCCUCCACCCCUGAUUGAAUCGAUGGAGUUAUCACCUGGCGUUGUCGUGAAGGAGGGCAACCGGAUCAAACGAGGUCCCAAACCACAGGUACGAUAUCACGACUCCAUCACCUCAGCCAAGCUUCGUUCACUCCGCCCCGUCAACCAGAUGGACAUGAGGGACGCCCAGCUGGCUGUGGCCGACAUCAUCAGUGCAAAGGGCCCUCUGCUCCGCCCACUUCCAGUCAACGAGCCCAUCCCACCCAUAGCGACCCGUCCAACCCCGCCACCUCAGAAGUCAUUACAAACUGCUUGAAUGAAAUGAACAUUUUCAAGACUUAUACAGAUUUAGAUGAAACGACUGUGUAUUCCUUUUCAUUUGAUGGAAGGAGCAACUUUUCUCUUGGAUCUAACAUCAAAUGACGCAAUAAAUAUAAUGAUAAUAAUAGGCAUUUAUAUAGCGCCAUCUAUCUAGAAAUAUUCUAUUCCAAGGCACGAUGCUAUUGUUAUUAUUACCCCGGCUUUAGCUCGAGCCGCCUUUCAGUGCUCAUGCAUUCAAGGCAUUAUAAUGGUAGAUUGACAACAGGAUAAAGUGAAGGGAAAUGAUAGUUGACUGACUAACCUUUUCGAAAAUAAAGCUGAAAAAUAUGGGAUCUUGAUAUGUUUUGAAGGGCAAGCCCACCUCCAACAAAGAGUGAAUUUGAAAGAAAUUUUUGAUAUUGAGGUACAUUGUUGGUAUAUAUUUCUUGAUAUUUAGAAUGUAUACCAACAUUUCUUGAAAUUUGAAAUGUAUACCAACAACACCUGUUACAGUAAAUUUUCUUAAUUCCUCAUAACGAUCAUCUCUCUCUUAACUGAUCCCUUCACUUCUUUGGAGAUUCCUGGAGUCCAGAUGGAAUGUAAAUGUAUCUAAUCACAAAUCCAAUAUUAGGGUGGGGUAAACAUAUCCAGGAUUUGAGACAUCCAUUAUUGCCCAUUCGGUUGCUUUUCUCUUGCAGGAGAAAAGCAACCGAAUGGGCAAUAUUUCUAUUUAAGAACUGAAAUUGAGAAUGCUUUUGGUGACUUUGCUUGAAAUUAAAGAGUAAAGUAAGAAAAACAAAACUUAUUGGCUUAUCCCCCCCCCCCCCCCCCCCCCCGUUUCCAUCUCUAUGUGUAUGACCAUGCCUUGACUUUGUUGUAUAGUCAGGUGUACUUUCACAUUCCAUAAUUACAUAAUCAUCAGAACUGGGGCAUCUUAGUGAAAGCUGAAUUGCUUAGCUAUUUUUAGGUGUUUAUAUUCCAAACCCUAAUUACUCUGAUACAAAUAUAUUUAGUACUAGUACCCCACAGCCUUGAAUAAAGAGAAAUAAGCAUUCAAAUGCAAUACUUUGUUUGCAAAAUGAUUUUUUUUUUGCCUUGAAUGAAGCACACAAAAAUCUGUAAUGAUGCUAUCUCAGAGAUGCCAAGUUCAAAGACCAGCUAUGCGUGAGAUUUUCUGUGAAUCUGAGUGAGAUCACAGACAUUGUGUACAAUAUAUAUGGGGAUAGGCUGUGAUAGUUGCAUGAGACAGAGAUUUGAGAGGAUGAACAAGAGUCCAAAAUGCUUGAGUCUCACGCAUAAUGCGUGAGACUUGGUAGCUCUGCUAUCUGCUCUUAUAUGUCUUCUCGAAACCUUAGAUGUACUAUCAUAUCAAAUUAUUUAAUUUGUACAUAGACUAACGUACCACCUUAAAUAAAGUGUAAAUGAUGUGCAUAUUUGUAAAUACUUGUAAUAUAUUUUUCUGAGGACUUAAUCAUUCCUUUAUUCAUGCACAUUUAAUCAAAAUUCUCUGUAAUGAAUUUCAUAUAUUGUGUAUAUAGAUUUUAUAAUUCUAUAAUGUACAUCCUAUACAAUGAUAGUGUUUAUGUGAGGGAUGAAUACAUUAAAAGAUGUUUAUCAUGGAA